AUGCAAGGGGAUGUUGCAGGUGUAAGAAUAACUCCACCGGUUUUGGAGUUUUAUGAUACAGAACCAAACAAUAUUUUCCAAGCCACCAUCAAUGUCAAAAAUAUUGAUAAAAGCAGUAAAAAUAUACGUUAUUAUGGUCCAAAAAGUGAUGCAUUUAAAAUAAAAGUAAAGAAUCCUGAGAAACCAGUAGCACCAGGUUUAUGUGUACAGGCUGUAGUAGAAUAUGAACCAGAAGUAAAAUCUGUAAUUAAAGAUAGAUUAAUUAUAACAGUAGAUGGAGAAGUUGUAGAAGUACCAAUUAUUGCCUAUCCAUCUCAAGCUGCUUUAGAAAUCGACAGUGUAGUUAAUUUUGGUAACGUUGUAGCUACAAGUCGUAUUAUUUCACGAGAGAUACCAAUAUCAAACCAUGGAUCUGAGGCCGGGGAAUUUAUAAUACAAUACACAGGAAAUAAACAUCUUUCAGCUAUACCUAAUACUGGUCAUGUGGCUCCAAAUACAGCUCAAAUUAUAAAGAUUGAAUGUGUUACUAAAGAACCAGGUCCAAUAGAUGAAACAUUCAGUGUUAUACUAGAUGGUGUAGAAAAGGAAUUAAAAAUAAAAGGAAAUAUUGUAAAAAGAUCAUUAGAACUAUUAAGUAUACAGGGUGAAACACCAUUAGAUUGUGUGAAGUUUGGCUCUACUUAUUAUGGUACUGAUAAGACAGAGUAUGCUAUAUUAUAUAAUAAUGGUCCAGAGGUGGUUAAUUUUGUGGCCAUUAUGGAUGAAGAGGCAGUUGCUCAAGAACUGGGAGUGGACUUAAGUCAAACAACAGCUGCUGCUCUAGCUGUAAAUACAGAGGGAGGAAAUAGUAAGGGCAGUACGAAUAUAUUAACAUCCCUAAUAACAGCUAUACCCAAUCAAGGUAUUUUACGUCCAUACGAAAAAAUACCCAUCUUCUUUAGAUUUAGUCCAAGAUGGUAUAGUUCAAAACAAGGAUGGAAGAGUCAAGUUACACCACCUCCAAGAAAAGAUUUUGCAUUGUUUUUAAAGCUACAGAUCAUUGGUUCAAAUACUGGCUUUACUAAACUAGAGGGACAGCAAAAUGGAGGAGGUUUUGCUGAAAUAGCCCUAACAGGAACAGCCUUACCAGUCUUAUUAGAUAUCUCACCAGCUCCUGUCUUUGAUUUUGGAGAAUGUCUGGUUGGAGAACAUGCUGAUGUUUUAUUCACCUUGAAGAAUGAUUCCAAUAUUCUGCCAGUUUUGUAUCAAUUUAAAAAAAUUGCUCAUUUCUCUGCUCAGCCACCAAAUGCAAGAAUCAUUCUCACACCAAUCAGAAUCACUCUUACAAGCGAAUAUCAGAAGUCUCAUAAUCCUAAUGGUCAGAUUGCUCUACUUAGUCGUAACUAUGCCACAAGUCAAAGUGGAUAUUUAGACACAGAUUCUUAA